UAGCUGAUUUUUAAUGGAAGAUCUACAUGGGGGUACAGAGGCCCAUUUCCAGCAACCAUCACUCCUGUGUUCUAAUGGUACAUUGUGUUAGCUAAUUGUGUUGAAAGGCUAAUUGAUGAUUAAAAAACCCUUGUGCAAUUAUGUUAGCACAUGAAUAAAAGUGUAAGUUUUCAUGGAAAACAUGAAAUUGCCAGGGUGACCCCAAACUUUUGAAUGGUAGUGUAGAUACCUAAAGCUGUAAUCCUGUCAAGUCAAAAUUUCAUUACAGUUAUCCUAAUUCAGAGUUUUCACUAGGUGACGUGGCAUUGCAGAUGUCUGUGGUAACAGCAGAAGCUUUUCAUACAUGCUGUGGCAGUGGAAUUAUAACCACAUAUAACAAAAUGUUGUACCACCAUGUGAAAGCAGCCUGAGGAGGGAAUUCACCACAACUUCCUUGAUGAUGAACUCUUCCUUUUUCCACUGUGUUUUCUAAAGAUCUAAUACACCACUGCAACUGAUAUUAUUUCUGCAACCACUAUUCAAAUGUUUGUCUCGACCAAUAUCCAAUGAGGAGCCUUGCAUGAGCAGCAUCAUACACAACCUAUGUGACAUUUCUGCUAACUCUUACUGUUACUGCUUAGUACUGAAUUAUGUAUGUCACAGACUGUCAGAACAACAUUAUAAAUAUCUUGAAUAAAAUUUCUGACCAGUCACAAUGUAAUUAUGGCUUGAUGUUGUCAGCAUUGGUAAUUUUACUUCUAGUCGCACUCGGCUAUUAAAUGUGAAGAUGACUUGCCAGGCUGUAAUGUUUGGACUGACCAGUACUCGGCCUUCUAAGAUGAAUUAGACAGUGGCCUGAUGCUCUUUGGCUGUCAUUGCUUGCUUUUGUGUCCCCGUCAUCAUAUGCUACUCUUAACGCCUGAACUCCCUAUAGAGACAAGGGAUUUGAUGCACUGAGCAAUAUUGUCAUUGGUUUCUUUUUUACCACUUGUGUUUUAAGGUUUUUCCUUAAUCUAAGCAGUGCACUAACAAAUGCCACUGCCAUCUAGCUGAGUUUAAGACAGAGCUAAAAAGUGAAUUAGAUCCUGGAAGAAGUCAGGUUCAGCAGCAUCAUGGAUUUUGCCGUGCACUUAUGCUUGUUUACUUACUCCAUGUUUUACUGUCACUGGUAAGCAGGAGGAAAUGUGAGAGAAUGGAAUGUUCAAAGGUAAAUAUUGUGCUGAAAAUUCUUCAGUCAGCCAGCAAUUCUGGUUAGAUUACCAAAAGAUGUAGUGGGUGUGGUGAUGUGACCUUGUUAAAUAACCUCACAGUUAUUCACAAAUUGACAGAUUUACUUUCCUACCCUCAGUUUCAUUUCCUUGGAAAGGUUUGCUUUUAGAAUGACAAACCAGCUGGGCAUUUAAAUCAGGUCACGUGGUGUAUUACAUACCAGCUGCAGCAAGCCAGGAAUGUGAAACUUAGAGCCACUGUUUCUUUAUUCUUCCUUCCUCAUUUACUCCUCUAUCUGGUUCCCCUCCUGUUUUAUCAUUUGCAAACCUGUUGUGCUUACUUUUAUUACCAUGCUAUCUAGUCUAUAAUGAGUCUUUAUUAACACUGUGCCUUGUUGGAUUACUUUUAAAAUAUAAACAGGUAUUUACAUGAAGUAGUGCCUCAGACAAAUAGGUUUAUUGUACUGUAGGUCAUGAAAGAUUGUCUGUGUGCUGCUCUUCCACACCCAGCUGCCUUAGUCUGCUUUGUGGUUUCUUCCUUAUCCUGCUUUACCUGUGUGUGGUGACACCAUUUACAGUAAUUUGAGUGUGGCUCUGUUUAAUGAUGAUGCCAAUUACUUUCAGUUUCGUUUCUCUCUGUUUGCUUAGAAUGAAACACAGCAGGGGAGGAGGGAGGGAGGAGUAUAUAAGAGAGAAAGGAAACUUGCUGUUUCACAUACAGUGUUUCUUCUGGGGGAGUUGGACUGCAUGUCUUGUUAUUUGAAAGUUUAGCAUUAAUCACAAUGGAGGAGGCCCAGGAAAAUAUAGUGGCCAUGGUGAAGAAGCACCCAGAUGGGAUCCCGCUGAAAAAGCUUGCACUGUACUACAACAAGACAUAUCACAAGAACCUGUCUUUGUCUAUGUUGCACUUUGAUUCCAUGGCCAGUCUGGUGGCUUCUCUGCAUGAGGAUCUGGUUGUGGAGCAGGAGGUGGUGUUUCACAGGGACCAUUGCAGUGGAAGUCGGGCUGUAGCUGGACCUGCAUGUGGAGCAUCGGCUAGACAUGAGGAAUCAUCGAAAGCUUCAGAAGACAAUGAAAUGACUGAGAAAAUUCUGAAAAAUGUAGUCGACAUGAUUAAAGAACAUCCAAACGGGCUUCCUCUCAAGAAGGUGACUUCAGCCUACAACCAGAAAUACCACCACAACCUGUCCUCAGCCUCUUUAGGCUACAAACGUAUUUCCCGCCUGGUCCGAUCUUUGGAAGAUCUUGUUGUGAGGGGGGACAUGGUUUUCCAUAAGAUUCACCUGCCCCAGAAUCAACCUCAAGUUGGGCUGUCAAGAAAAGCUACAGAGGACAGCAGGCCUGCAACACCACGGACACCAGAGUCCCUUACUGAGAAUAGGAGCAAUGCUCCUCUUGCUGCAGUCACACAGCCUGAUGCCAGCCCUCAUUGUGGGUCACUCACACCAACAAGGAUGAACCUUACAGGCUCUUCUGUGAUUUCCACUGGCUCUUUCUUCUCCACCCCUUGCAUUCCUGUUACACCACUCUUUCCUGCAUCCAAGCCAGCUAAGAAAUUGACCCAACAGAAGCUAUACCAGAGGGUCUUGGAGGUUAGCGAUGUAAAACAAAUGUACAGAUCAUUAUGUAUGCACAUCUUUUAAAAGAGGGGCCAAAAUUCAACGAUAUUUUUGACUUGUAAUCAAUCCAUCUCAUAUUGAGUUGAUAGCAACUCUCAAUCAACUGAUUUGUUUUUGGUGAAUUUUUAAAUGAGGCAUGUAGAAUCGAGUGAUUUUAAGGAAAGAACAAUUUUCUUUUUAGAUUUGGUAACAACAGGAAAAUAAACAACCAGAAAAAUAAAAUAAACCGGAAAAUAAAAUAAACAAUCAGAAAAAUAAGAUAAACAUCUGGCAAAAUAAAAUAAACAGCCAGAAAAUAAAACAUACAACUGGAGAAAUAAACAAUCAGAAAAAUAAAAAGAAAAAAAACACAAAAAUAAAAUAAAGCCAGUUGCAGCUGAUGAGGAUCAUCAUCAAGGUCCACGGAGAAGGGAGAAGAAAAAAGCAACAUCUCAUUUCCAAUAGCUGAGAGUUGUUUAAACUCAUUGUUGAUAUUGAUAUUUUCCUGUGGAAAACUGUUCAUUACCUCCUGUAGAGCUGAGAAAUGUGCAGUGUCAGGCUCAGUUUGUGACGAGUGUUUUUGGAAAAGUUGUAGCUUGGUUCCAAAGGUUUUGAUGUGUGCAGACAACUGGCUCACUGCUGCAUCUUAUGCUUGAAGACUCACGUUCAGUGCAUUCAGAUGCUUCUUUAGGUCAACUAAAAACACCAAAUCUGCCAGCCAUAUAGGAUCUGAUCAGUUUCCCCACUGAGACAGAAAAAGUGCUGCUGUGAAGCAAAGACAUUUUCCAGUUACUUCACGUUCUUAAUGCAGUCACUCCUGGAUAAGUUGUCGUGCCCUAGAAUGUUUUGACUGACAGGGUCUUUUUUUUUUUUUUUUUUUUUAAAUCUGCAGUUUCCAUUUCAGAAAUCAUCUGGAAAUGAUGGCAGAAAAGUUACAUAUUCAGAGGGGGUCAACAGAGUCUUGCUGCUAACAUUCAGCAACACAGAAAAUUGCAUUUUGCAUCAGAGAUAUGCAUAUUCUGUUUGACAGCACUGGCAGGCCAGAAAUUAUACAUUAUAUGAUAAAUGCAUGUUUUUAAAGAGACAAGCUAAUAGGGCUCCUUCUGUUCUUCUCCUCCACAUCCUGACUCUUCCUGCCCAGAUCUGCCUUCAUAGUUGUGCUACUUCCUCCUCAGCUUCAAGGUAGUUUUAUGGGCAUAUUUUUAAAUUAAUAUUCAACCCUACCAUUCAAAUGAAAAUAAAGACAGAUAUUUUGUUGUUGCA